GUAAAAUCCGCUCACACACACUCCUCAAAAGCCCUAAUCGUUUAUCAUAAUUCCUCAAUCCCGUCUUCAAGUAUCGCCGACGCCGCAGCACAAAGGAGGAGAAGAAGGAUCAAAGGCGCGACAACAAUGGCGACAGGUAAAACAGUGAAGGAUGUCUCUCCACACGAGUUCGUCAAGGCUUACGCUGCCCAUCUCAAGCGUUCCGGCAAGAUUGAGCUGCCUCUGUGGACAGACAUCGUCAAGACUGGUAAACUUAAGGAGCUUGCUCCAUAUGACCCUGACUGGUACUACAUCAGAGCUGCUUCCAUGGCUAGGAAGGUUUACCUGAGGGGUGGUCUUGGAGUUGGUGCCUUCCGUAGGAUCUAUGGAGGAAGCAAGAGGAACGGAAGCCGUCCUCCUCAUUUCUGCAAGAGCAGUGGUGGUGUUGCUCGUCACAUUCUUCAGCAACUCCAGACCAUGAACAUUGUUGACCUCGACACCAAGGGUGGAAGGAAGAUCACAUCAAGUGGUCAGAGAGAUCUCGACCAAGUCGCUGGAAGGAUCGCAGCUGCUGUCUAAAUCAUAGCGACUGAUGGUCAACUCCAAGUUUAAGGUUUAUGUUUGAGAUUUAGUAAUGGAAUGAGUUGCAUUUGAUGAAAACCAGUAGUAGAAUUCCCUCUCAUUUUUGUUUUGAUGAGUUUUCGUUUACAAAUUGCCUCUCUUUUUAUUCUCAGCGACUUAUGGCUUAUAUAUUUGAUUUCAUCUUUGACCUCCUUUCCUUUCUAUUUCAUGAAAUUAGUUAUCAAAAUUUUGAUAAUGGCUUGUUUAGGUUUUUACAUUUAAGCUCCUCGUUCUUCUUCAAAAUCAAAGUGUAGAAACAGAGAUUACCAAUAACUAAUUGUGAACGUUUCAAAGUUUUUAAAAUUUCUUGUAAACGGAGG